CCUUUUUUUUUUCUCUUCUUCUUUAUUUGAAAAUACUGUUUGAAAAAAAACAAUGGAUGAAUUAGUUCCUCUUUUUGUUAAAAUCGGUUUAUCCGAACAAAAAGCAAAAGACACUGCCAAAAAUAAGAAAUUAGCACCUACCCUCGAAACCGUCAUUGAUGAAGCCAAAGUACGCGAUUCCGGCUGUGAUAAAGAUAUCGGUAUUCUCUUGUACAGUUUGGCUACCACCGUCACCAAGGGAGCCACUGAGCAUAUUCCCUUCAUUGUCAGCAAGAUUAUGAAUGGUGACUUGAAGACAACUGAUCAAGUUUCUGCUGCCAUCAAGUUUUCCGAAGAAGAUUUCGAUGCUGAGAAAUUCGACGCUGCUACCGGUGUUGGCAUUACUGUCACCCCUGAACAAAUCACCGCAGCCAUUGCUGAAUACAUCAACACGAAUAAGGAAAACAUUGUUGCCAACCGAUACAAGACCUUGGGUCCUACUCUUGCCAACGCACGCAAGAUCGAGGCCCUUCGUUGGGCCGACGGUGGUAAAGUAAAGAACGAGAUUGAAGCUCAAUAUCUUGCUUUACUCGGUCCCAAGGACGAGCGUGAUGCUCCCCAAAAGAAGAAGAAGGAACCUAAAGCCGCCAAAGCAAACAACGCCAAGUCUGAAACCACCACAAAAGACGAAAGUACCGUUGAUCUUGCCACCAAGGUCUUUUUUGAAGGUGAGCUUGGUAAAUUACACAAGCCCGGAGGAAACAAGCAAAUUAAGCCUGAGCUCAUGGAAGAACAUCUCAAGGCUACCGGCGGUAAAGUGGUGACUCGUUUCCCUCCUGAGCCUAACGGCUAUCUCCAUAUCGGUCAUGCGAAAGCUAUCAAUGUCAGCUUUGGUUACGCAAGAGCCCAUAAAGGUGUUACUUAUCUCCGUUACGAUGAUACCAAUCCUGAAGCUGAGGAGGAGAAAUAUUUCACUUCUAUCCUUGAAACUGUAAAAUGGCUUGGUUUCGAACCUUUCAAGAUCACCUACUCCAGUGAUUACUUCCAACAAUUGUUUGAUUUGGCUGUCAAGUUGAUCAAGAAGGGUUUGGCCUAUACUUGUCAAUGUACUGGUGAGGAAAUCAAUGCUUGUCGUGGUGGUAAGGAUCAUGGUGAACGUAGAGCCUGUGCACAUCGCGAAAGACCCAUGGAGGAAACAUUGGAUCAAUUCAUGAAGAUGAAGGAAGGUCGUUAUAAGGAAGGUGAAGUGACACUUCGUAUGAAGAUGGAUUUGGAAAACGGAAACCCCCAAUUUUGGGACUUGAUUGCUUAUCGUGUGCUUUACACUCCCCAUUACAGAACUCAUGACCAAUGGUGUAUCUAUCCUACUUACGAUUUCACCCAUUGUUUGGUGGAUUCCUUCGAAAAUAUUACUCAUUCUCUUUGUACCACCGAAUUCAGACAAUCCCGUGAGAGUUACUACUGGUUAGUAGACGCAGUUGAAGUUUACAAGCCUGUUCAAUGGGAAUAUGGACGUUUGAACGUGACGGGUACCAUCAUGUCUAAGCGUAAGAUUCUCAAGAUGGUCAAUAACAACUAUGUGAGUGAUUGGGAUGACCCAAGACUUUAUACUCUUGUCGGUAUUCGUAGACGUGGUGUACCACCAGAGGCUAUUAAUAACUUUGUGCUUGAACUUGGUGUCACUACAAGUCAGUCCACUAUUGAGGUUCAACGUUUUGAUACAAAGACUCGUGAAUAUUUGGAUAAGACCACUCCUCGUUUAAUGGCUAUUUUAGACCCCAUUCGUGUUGUCUUGACCAAUGUUGCUGAUGAUUACCUUGAGGAAUGUGUUGCUCCUAACAAGCCUAGAGAUCCUGCCAUGGGUGAACAUACUGUCCCCUUCACCAAGGUCUUUUAUAUUGAUCGCUCUGACUUCCGUGAGGAAGACUCCAAGGGUUAUUAUCGUCUUGCUCCCGGUAAGUCUGUCGGUCUCUUGUUUGCCAAGCACCCUGUCCACUGUACCGGAUACAAGAAGGAUGCAGAUGGUAAGGUGACUGAGAUUGAAUGUACCUAUGAAAACGAAGGUCCCUUCAAGAAGCCCAAGACCUAUAUUCACUGGAUUGCCGAGUCCCCCAAGCAUAACUCACCUGUCAAGUUGGAUGAACUUCGUAUCUACGAACGUCUCUUUAAGCAUGAUAACCCCGAAACUGUUGAAGGUGGUUACUUGAAUGAUAUCAAUACCCACUCUUUGCAGAUUGUCAAGGGAGCCAUUGCCGAGGUUGGUAUCUAUGAUCAUAUUGCGGACUGGGCCAAGAAGACAGGCGGUAAAGAUAAGGAAAGCAUGCGUUGGCAAUUCACCCGUACUGGUUAUUUCUGUUUAGAUAAGGAUACCGAAUUUGAUGUUGAGCUUGUGAAGGCUGGCAAGGUCAAGGAAGGUUUGAAGAACCUUGUUGUUAACCGUACAGUAUCUCUUAAGGAAGAUGCUGAUAAGGAUUAAACAAGUUUUUUUUUUUUUUUUUGGGAAACCCCCAUGACCUAAAUAUAAAAUAAAUUCGUACUACAGUAAUUUUGUUGGAUCAUAUUUUUUACUUGUUUUAUUAAAAAAGGUAUAUGCUUGAGUUAUUAUUAAAAUUAUGAUAUGGCGUAAUAU